CGUGAGAAAAAUGUCUGAGACAAGCGAAACUGAACACGAAUGUGUAGAUGGCCCAUAUUAUCUCGAGGAUGUGUCGUUACAGGAGGAUUCGGAAGACGAUUAUCAAUAUGAGGAAAUUAUACCUGAUGCAGAAAAGAACUUGGUGGAGGGGGAGGAGGACUUCGAUGCAAUCGUGAGAGCGAUGCGAAACGGUAGUAGCUCUACUACUGACGAUGCGGAAUCAAGGGUGGACAGUACUGCGAAGCAAACCUUCUCCCACCUCCCAGAGGUGGUAAAUAACUUUCUCUGCAACUUUCUGGUCCGAAGGGGGCUGAGCAAAACAAUGGAUUGUUUCCAAGUUGAAUGGCAUGAGAUCGGUCAGAAAGACUUGUUGAAAACCCAACUGGUGGAGCUUGUCCCUGACGCAUACACACACAACCAAUUACUGGAGAAAGAGCUGAAGGAUGUGCUCAGCGAGCGGAACAAUUACAUACAGGCAGCGUUCAAAGCGAGUGAAACGCUGGUCAAGCUUAAAAAAGAAAGGGAUUUCCAUCGCCAACAAUAUCAACGUGUUGCCGAAGAGAAGAACAGACUAGUGGAUUGCAUGAAACGAUUGAAGCAACACUAUGCAUCAUACAAGCCUGCAUUAAAACAGUUGAAUGAUAGGUACCAAGAGGCACUAAAACAGAGAAUGAUGAUAGGCUUAGAGAGGGACAAAGCUUUUCGCCAAACACACAGUUUGGUAGCCACCCUCGAUGCACAGUCUACCUCUGCUAGCAGGGCAGCUAACAGAGACUCAGACCCGACGAAAAGCACAGCUCAGAAUCACCCUGAUGACUCAGAGUUUCUCGUAAGUAGUCGCGUGAACCCCUACUUGCCACGCAUAAAGGCUCUGACUAUCACGGAAACCAAAACGUCAGAUUUCCACCUCACCAACUCCAUCAAAGCCCACACCUUACCAAUAAGCUUCCUGGCUCUCCACCCUCACAAGUUUAUUUUGGCCUCGUCCAGCGAUGACCAGCUGUGGAAGUUGUGGGGCAUGCCUGUGGGGGAGAUGAUCAUGACCGGGGAGGGUCACAGUGACUGGCUCUCUGGAUGCAGUUUUCACCCAAACGGAGGAAGUUUAGCCACCACUAGCGGUGACACGACGGUCCGAAUCUGGGACUUCUCCCGAGGCCGCUGCACUCUCACUCUGGAGGGUCACAGCCAUGCCACCUGGGGCUGCUCCUUCCAUUCUUGUGGGGACUUUGUGGCAUCCUGCUCUAUGGACAACACAGCCAAGAUAUGGGACCUGCAGAGCGAGCGAUGCCGGGACACUCUGCGAGGCCACGUUGACUCAGUGAACAGUGUGUCCUUCCUGCCCUACUCUAACACUCUCCUCACCUGCUCUGCAGACAAAACGCUGUCUCUGUGGGACACCAGGGUCAGCCUGUGUGCUCAGACUUUAUACGGACACCGCCAUUCCUGCAACCAUGCCACUUUCAACGCCCUAGGGGACACCGUGGCCUCCUGCGAUUCAUUUGGAGUGGUCAAGCUGUGGGAUGUUAGGAAAGUGGCAACUUUGGUAACCGUGGAUACAGGACCGCACUCCAGCAAUCAAGUGGCCUUCAGCCCAUCAGGAAGGAUGCUGGCUAUCGCCAGUAACGAUUGUUCUGUCAAGAUGGUGGAGCUUGCUUCUUCUCAAGUGUCUAGUCUACAAGGGCAUGAUGACACUGUCCAGAGUGUGACUUUUGAUCACAGGGGAGAGAAUUUGUUAUCAGCAGGGUCAGACGGUACCAUUUUUGUCUGGUCAUGA